AUGUUGGUGCGUUCGGAAGUAUCCCUUCGAUAUGCUCAUACUACUAUAGUGACGAACGUGAAGAACCCAGCUCGCAGGUCCCAGCAAGCUACUUUCCACGUUUUGUUGCCAGACACAGCGUUCAUCACCGGCUUUGUUAUGACUCUGGGCGGAAAGUCGUACAAGGCAUAUGUAAAAGAAAAGGAAGAGGCAAAGAAAAUUUACACUGAUGCAGUUUCUCAAGGAAUUGGAGCUGCACAUAUAGCUGCUAAGGCACGUGAUUCCAAUCACUUCACAGUAUCGGUAAAUGUAGAGCCAAACAGCAAGGCCACAUUUAACCUGACGUAUGAAGAGCUUCUUACAAGACGCAACGGAGUGUAUAACCAUGCAAUAAACCUCCAUCCCGGCGCUCUUGUGCCUCGCAUGGAAGUUAGUGUGCAUAUUAAGGAGUCUCAAAAAAUCAAACUGCUACGUGUGCCUGAAGUCAGGACAGGGAAUGAGAUUGACGCCACAGAGACUGAUGCUCAGAACGCUUUAGUCUCUAUACAAAAAUCUGGAGAUGAGAAGGAAGCCACUAUAACAUUUACUCCUGAUCUUGAAGAGCAAAAACGUCUCAUUCGCAUAUAUGCUGAUAAAACCAAACAAUCGGCAUCUCAUAAUUGGUACGGUGAUGUGGAAGAGGACAAUGACAAAGAGGGUACCAUUGGACAGUUUGUGGUACAGUAUGAUGUGGAACGACCCGAAAAUGGAGAAGUUCUAGUAAAUGAUGGAUACUUUGUUCACUUCUUCGCACCUCAAACCCUGACCCCGCUGAGCAAGUACGUGGUGUUCGUUUUGGACACAUCAGGCUCUAUGGGUGGACGCAAGAUAGAACAGUUACAAGCGGCCAUGCGCGCUAUUCUGGGUGAACUCAACUCGAACGAUUACUUUAGCAUUGUCGAAUUUGAUUCUGAUGUUCAGGUGCACGAGUUGAAAGAGGCCGAUGAGCCCGAGAAACCCCGAACUUACCCAUACUACUCGUGGCGGACGGAAUCCAAGCCUGUGGUGCUGAUAUCUCCCUCCCUAGCCACGCCCGAUAACAUUGCUAAAGCACAAAUUAUUGUGUCGAGAUUAGCCGCAUCUGGAGGUACCAACAUCUAUGAAGCUCUCCGGGUAGCAUUGGAUCUCAUCCAUAAAGUUGAUGAAAAGAAUCAAACUAGUCAAUCUGCUAAUACAACGGAAAUACAAAAAACGGAAACAAGCGAGUUGGAACCAAUCAUCAUUUUCUUAACGGACGGAGAUCCUACUGUGGGUGAGACUAGCACUCAGCGUAUCAUUUCUCACAUGACAGAAAAGAAUUCUGGACCGAAAAAAGCUGCAAUUUUCUCCCUUGCCUUUGGCGAGGACGCAGACCGCACGUUCCUCCGCAAGCUGUCGCUCCGCAACGACGGCUUCAUGCGCCACAUCUACGAGGCGGCCGACGCGGAGCUGCAGUUGCGCCACUUCUACCGCCAGGUGUCGUCGCCGCUACUCGCCGGGGUCCACUUCGUCUACCCACCGGAUCAGGUUAAAGGGGGAUCAGUGACUAAGACCAAGUACAGCACAAUAUAUGCAGGUUCCGAGGUAGUGGUCGCUGGCGAGUUGGCGCCCGGCGUCAGCGAGCUGGCACCGAGUGUCCUCGGAUUCUGUGCCGACUCCGACAAACAUGGCAGGAAACGGUACGAAGUGCGUCCUACAACGUCGCCAGGUCGUGCGGGCGAGUACUUGCCGCUAGAACGCCUAUGGGCGUACCUGAGCGUCAAGCAACUGCUCGACCAGCGCGAGACGACAGAGCACCCUGAAGACUUUGAGAAACAAGCACUUGAAUUAUCCCUUAAGUACGCCUUUGUGACUCCACUCACAUCUCUAGUAGUGGUUAAACCAAACGCUACCGACGCAGUUAAUGCAGAGUCUGUUGAUGAGAACAAGCCUCCAGCCCUUGGGCUACCAGGUUUACUACCCAACGCCUAUCCCGCAUUUGGAUCAUUACUACAAAUCCCAGCACCUGCUAUUAACUUAGGUUCUGGAAGUUUUGCGGCCACUGGGGCACACCCACUAUCUCUCGAUUUCAUCACCGAUAUACGUGCGGAGGAAGAAGAAGAUCUUGACACUGUUUUAGGAAACGCGCAUCGCGGUGGAUUUAUACCUCUUUCAGGCUUUUCGAGUGCUUUCUCUGGCCAUCGACCUGCUUUGCUUGGAUAUAGUCACUCCCCGUCCAGAAUCAUUGGUGGAGCUGUUUUCGACAGUCCCUCCCAGGAUAGAAUCUUUGGUGGUCCAGCUGUUUUCGACAGUCCCCCCCAGAACAAAUUCCUUGCUGGACAGGCUUUUUACGAGAGCGUACCAUAUAUUUUGUCUACGGUCCCCCCUCGUGUAGUUACCAGUCUUGCACCUCUGGUAAAUAAAUAUCAUUUAGAAGGUUUUAGUUGGGCGUUGAGUUUGCUCAAUUAUAAUACAGAUGCGCUCGAAUUCUCUUCCAAUGGUAAAAACAUCACACUCGAAGUCUCUAAGGACUCUGACCCACCUAAAGCGGUUAACGGCGAUGAGGAGUGCGCAAAUAGCGUCAACGCGAAACAAGAGGGCACUGAAGGUUCGGAGAGUGCGGGUGGAGUUUGCGUGUACCUGACACGGUGCGCGGCCGCUAAGGACAUCACUGUCGACGUCUACCACACCACUUAUUGCACUGUCAAUACUAGAUAUGCUGGUGUUUGCUGUCCAAGAAACCAAGUAGAUUUAACAAAAGCG